CACUGGUUUGCAUCAUUUUUUACCGUUGCAGUAAGCCUAGAUAACAACAGGUCUAUUUCUAGUUAGCUCAGUGUGUGAAUACUCAGUGACUGUGUUGAAAGGAUUCGUCUUGAGCUUCAACAGACCGAUGGGCCUGGGGCUUGGCUAGCAUAUUUGAGAUUUAUGAGCGAUCGCAGGUUAAGUACAUCGAAUUCUAGAACAAUUAACAAGAACACAAAUAAUCUCAAGAUGGAACCUGACAUGGCUAAACUAUUAAUUUCUGACAAAGCGCUGACAGUGAUCUUCAUUCUUCUAAUCUGUUUGAUCAACGGGGCACUUAUCGUCACCCAAGUCAGAAAACCAAUGUUUUAUCAGAGCGUCAAGUUAAUGGUGAUUAUAUCCUUGGCUAUAGGAGACAUCUUCUUUGCCCUAUUCCCGUUAGUAGUCCAAGCUAGAUUAUUAUUUGAGGCAGAUCCAACCUUCAUGACCUGCAGGUUAAGCACAAAUACCACAACCUACAUGUCAUUCUUGAUUCAUUUCGUCUACGGAAUUGGUCUUGUGGUACUGGCAGCUGAAGUCUUCCUUAGAAACAGGAUUCAAAGUAUUCACGACAACCGCUAUAAAAUAGUUACAGCAGUGGCUGCCAGUAGCGUCCCUUGGAUCUUAGGACUAAUUAUAAUACUUCCGCUUUGCAUGUCAAAUGUAGAUUAUGAGAAUUACUGCAUAAACAGCCAGUCUUUGGAAUCCAUGUUUGGGGUAUCAGUGUUUCUACCGGUCUCACUCUCAAUAGUAGUCAGUAUUGUUCUCAGCUGUGUCCAUUUACCCACAUCGCAACAAGGACAGACUAUAAACACCAACCAGCAACCCAUAGUGGUGUCUCAACAGACUGUUACACAACAAGGAAACUUAACACAAUACCCUCCCCAGGACUACGCCCCUGGUAAUGUUCAUUAUAAUCCACUGAACUCAAAUCCAUAUCCACAGAAUGCAGUAUCCUAUCCGUAUCCAGCAGACCAACAGGUUAUGAACCAGUCCUCGGCAGUAAACAUCAACUUAAACCAGGGAGUCAACACGAUACAGGUGACUCGCAUGAAUCAACGCGCAGAGGGUCAAAGGUUGUUUUUAAUAUCCAUCAUCUUCGGUUUGAUGGUAGUUCCCAUUGCAGCGGUUACCCUUAGAGCAGCCGAUAUUAUCUGGCUGGUCUUAAUGGUAAAGAUUGUAGUAACGAAAUUUGUCUAUUGGCUAAUGGUGGCAAGAUCAUGUUUAACGCCCCUGAUUAUGAUUGGUUAUUCUAAUUUGUGAUUUGUGCCUAUUCGUUUAAACAAGUUUGGUCAAACC